AUGGAGACCUUCCCUCUGCUGCUGCUUGGCCUAGGAUUGAUUCUUGCAGAACCCUUAGAAAGUAUAAUGGAGACAGUAAAAGAGGAAUCUUCAGAGGAGAAGAAGCAACCUGAGACAGUGAAAAGUGGUCGAGGAAAGGAGACUGAUGAGGUAUUAAUGAACUUAACUCUGUUUGAUAAAAAUGCCAGCCUCAGCUUGUCUAAGGAUGCUAUGCCUUCUUCACUACUGACAUUCGGGCUCCGUUCUAGCAUCCCCAAAGGUAACAGUCCUGUUAGCAACAAAGAGUGUGGCAGUAACACAGUGGCCUGGAGCAAAGACUUGGAAGCUGUUGGGUCAUGCAAAUCGAGCGAUAACUUCAUCCAUGACCCAGCCGAUGUGAUUCACAUGGUCCGUGAGGCGUCCAGCUGCACGUGUGAGCAGCAUCAGGGCAUGUGGGGGUGUGAGAGCCCAGGACUGGAGGAAUCGCUGUGCCAGCUCCCCACAGACAAACAGUUCCCCAGGUGCCAACGCCACAACAUUACGUUACUAGAGAAGAUAUUGACAGUGCUAGCAGGUCAUUCUCUGAUGAGCUGGUUGGUCAGUGACUCUAAAUUGUAAACCCCACAGGAUGUGAACCCUGGGUCUAUGUAGAGAAAAUUAUGUUUACUUUCACAAUGUUGCUUCCCUUCUGUUAUCUACAUUUUCUAUUAGCCCUAGGGUAAACUCAAUUAUUUAUACCAAGUGCAGGAGUGAAAAAUCUAGAA